AUGCUCUGGCCAGCACUUAUACUCCUUCUAGUGAGCCUAUCCUGGUCGUCAACUGCAACUGCUCUAAAUUCAAAAUGCGGGAUCACUGGCAAUAAAGCUGAGAUAACGGAUGUGCCUUGGGUGGCAUCGAUUGAGCUCAACGGUAACCCCAACUGCAAUGGUGCCAUCCUCAACGCAAAGCAAAUCCUCACCAACUCGGAAUGCGUGCCCAAAAGUACUGUGGCAGGAGUCAAGGUGCGGGUGGGCGUUACCACUCAAAAAUCGGGAUCUUCAAUAGGAGUUUGCUCCUCAGUCGUCCAUCCGCAGGCCGGCUGGAAGCAUUACGACACCAAUCUGGCCAUUCUGAACCUCUGCGAACCCCUCACACUCUCUAAUGAGAUCAAGCCCAUCCAGUUUAUUGACCAGGCACCCGAUGUCGAGGCCAAGGCCUCAAUAGCUGGUUGGGGUUCCGGCACCUGGUGGUCAUUGCUGAAGAAACUCUGCUUGUCCGUAUCUUCCAAGGAUUUACGAUCUCUUGAUGUCCAGCUCUACGAUGUGGAGAAGUGUUCCAAGGACCGUAAGGGUUUUUUCUCUUCCAUAAGCAUUACGGAUCUCAACCUUUGCUCCGUGAAGAAAGACAGCGCCUGCUCCCUUGACAAGGGCGCCCCGCUGGUCGUCGGUGGCAAGCUGGCUGGGAUAUUGUCCUUUGGCGACUGUGCCAAGAAGCCAGAUAUCUACGUGAAUUUGUUUAGGCACAAGAAUUGGCUGGAGAGCAAUACAAAGGAUAAUAAAUAG